AUGCAAGAUAUGGCACCUCUCCCACCAGACAGAUGCCGAGAAGCCUUUCCGUUUGAGAACUCCGGAAUAGAUUACGCGGGUCCACUGUACGUCAAAAGUGGAAGAGAAUUAUCCAAGACAUAUGUUUUACUGUUUACAUGUGCUGUAAAUAGAGCCGUGCAUUUAGAACUUACAGCUGACCUUUCAACAGAAAAAUUUUUGCUUGCAUUUAGACGGUUCAUAGCGAAAAGACGCUUGUGCCGAAUAGUGUAUACCGAUAACGCCAAAACCUUUAAAAGAGCGGAAAAAGAAUUAGAGCUAUUGAACGAGGUGAUUAAAAACAAUAAGGUUCAAGACGAGUUCUCUAAGCAAGGAAUCAAAUGGAGAUUUAUAGUUGAGAGGGCGGCAUGGUGGGGAGGCUUUUGGGAGCAUAUGGUUCAGUCUCUGAAAGCUCUUUUGAAGAGAAUCCUAGGCAAAUCAUCCUUGACAUUCAGGGAAUUACAGACAGUCAUAACAGAAGUGGAAGCUAUAUUAAACUCCAGACCUUUAACAUUUACCUACUCGGAUCUAGGAGAGCCAGAAUCUUUGACCCUGGUCACUUCUUAA